AUGGCUGGCUCGUCGACGCUCGCUUUCUCCAUAGACGAGCACCCGAUGUAUGUCUACGCAAUUGAUGGGCGCUACAUUGAGCCCCUUCUCGUUAAUGCCAUACAAAUACCGACUGGGUCUCGGUAUUCAGUUCUUGUCGAACUCAAGCAAGAUGAGCCAGCUAGGGACUACACGAUCCGCGCGGCCCAGCACGGGCUCAAUCAAAUCAUAAACGGCACGGCCACAAUGUCGUACGACUCAUCCCAGCCUCCACGACAGCCUUCGUUGCCAUAUAUUACAGAAGUCGGGAACGCAACCACCCCACAGGUGGUGUUCCUGAAUGAAUCUCUGGUCGUUCCAUUUCCCGUUCAACUUCCCUCGCGAUCAGUUAACCAGACGUACAUCCUAAACAUCGAACACUUCCACGCUGCAUACCGCUGGCAACUAGGUGAAUCAAGCUAUCCCAUUGCCUAUGAAGACGGACCACCAGCUUUAUUCAAUUCAAGCUCAAUUCCGUUCCCAAACAGUGUGUCCACACUGCAUGAUACCUGGGUUGACAUCAUCUUCAACGUUUCGCAUGGCAACCAACCGGGACACCCAAUGCACAAACACUCGAACAAGUACUAUGUGAUCGGAUACGGCCACACACCAUUUACAUACUCAUAUGUGGCGGAGGCAAUGGAACAUAUUCCCGAGCAAUUCAAUUUUGAUCAUCCCCAGCUACGAGAUACAUUCUCGACUCCGGUUGCACCCGGUCCCCUUGGAGCUUGGCUGGCUAUACGAUACAAUGUUGUGAACCCGGGCCCCUUCUUGCUUCACUGA